CGAGGCCAAGACGGAGAGUCGAAGUUUCGCGCGGCACCGAGUCAGUCCUGAGCGCGACGCCGCCCGGAGUAGACGCGCGCCCCAGAGCUCGGAAGAUCGCGCAUCGAGUGUCACGCCGGACGAGAGCGACCGCGUCGCGACGACGACGUUCCUGGCCGCGGGUGAUCGCGAGAGACGCGUCGGGGCCCCGAGACCCCCUCGAGUCGGAACAGUGUGCUCGGAUGAACUUAGGCGACCCGCUCCCGAGUUCGCCCGGAUCGGAGAUUUACGGUGGAGCCCCGUUCCGUCGUGCGGUAGUCCUCGAGAGAAAGCUUCAAAAUUGGUGAAUGUUCUAAGAAGACAAAUUAUGGUGGCAGAGUUCGUCUCCCGCCAGAGUGGAUCGCCCAUCAAUGGUGAGACGGCCUGUCUGAACGGCAACAUGCCGGCGAGCCACAGCAUGGCGCACGGAGGGCACGGAGGACACGGAGGACACGGAGGGCACGGAGGGCACGGGACCCACGGCGGGCACGGGGCCCACGAGGCCCACGGGCCCCUGCCGCCCCUGACGCAUCCCUCCCACCAUGGGCCCCCUCCGCAUCAGCAGCAGGGCCAGGCCCAGCCGCCGCCGCCGCAGCCUCAGCACCAGCAGCACCAGCAACAGCAGCAGCAGCAGCCGCAGCAGCAGCCCCAGCCGGGCCAGCCCCACCACCACCACCAGCACCACCACGACCCCCAGGUAACGCACCCGGACAACUUCCCGGCGAACUUCGACAUAAGGAAGGAGCUCUUCUCUCAGAGAAAACAACGGGAGUUCAUUCCGGACAACAAGAAGGACGACAGCUACUGGGACCGGCGCCGGCGCAACAACGAGGCGGCCAAGCGCUCGAGGGAGAAGCGCCGCUUCAACGACAUGGUCCUGGAGCAGCGGGUCAUGGAGCUCAGCAAGGAGAACCACAUCCUCAAGGCCCAGCUCGAGGCCAUCCGCGACAAGUUCGGCAUCUGCGGGGAAUCGGUGGUCAGCACGGAGCACGUGCUGGCCGCGCUGCCGGCGGAGCCGCCGCUCGUGAAGCGCGCCAAACUGCCGGCCUCGGCCGCCCUCCUCUACGCCCGGACCCCUAGCCCGGUCCACACCUCCGUCAUCCACCAGCCCGUCAGCGGGGCCAGGUCGCCUAGGUCUCCGGCUCAGCUCUACGUGCCGGAGACCACGGCCUACCCCGAGGCCGAGAGCUUCCAGUACCCCUACCCGCACCCCGCGAUGCACUUCGACUCCGGCAGCGCCCUGAACCUGAGCCGGGGGCGGCGGGCCCAGUCGCCCUUCGAGCUGUCCUCGGGCAGCGGCGACGAGUCCACGCAGAUCGUCGUCUCCCAGAACCCCGCGGCCAACAACAGCCUGCCUCACAAGCUGAGGCACAAGUCGCGGAUCGGCGACAAGGACGCCGCCAGCGCCCUCCUGGCCCUGCAGGGCAUCAAACAGGAGCCCGGCCCCCGGGCGUCGCCGCCGUGGGACAACGAGGGCUCCAGCGACGAGCGCGACUCCGGCAUCUCCCUCGGCGCCGAGUGGACCGGGCCCUCCGGCGUCCCCGCCGUCCCCGAGAGCGAGCGGGAGGUCAAGUCUCGGCUGGACCGUCUCGCCUCCGAGGUCGCCUCCCUGCAGUCCAUCCUGCGCCUCGGCAAGCCCGGGGACCCCCUCGCGGCCACCGGGCCCGGCGCCGCCACCGGCGGCGGCCUCUGAGGGGCCGGCGACGCCCGGUCGACUGUCGCUACCCCGCGGACGCGCUCGGACGGUCAUCGCCGGCGCGUCCCUUCGCCCUCGGAAGGCGACCUCCGCGAUCCUUGGGACCGUAGACGGCGCGGCGGUCGUCGCAGCCACGGGACGAGGUCGCGAUUUCUCGGGCCCACGGCUGCCGGCGACGACCGCCGCCCCGCGACGCGACUCCUAGGCUAGGUAACUUACGGUUUAAGUCCUAGACAGUACUCGCUACUAUAUCACCGCUAUUAAUGAUUAUCGUUAAUUAUUAUCGUGUACGGUUAAUCCGCGUCGACGCGACCGCGGUCGGCGCCGGUCGUCUCGAGGCCGUUCGGUCGAUGCCGCGCAGCCGAUGUACCCGGGGUCGCCGCAAUGCCCGGUCCGGAUCCCGGACCUCCGUUCGGAUCUUGGCCCUCGGUCGCGCGCAACCGGCUAUCUCAGCACCGCCAGAAAUCUUCUAUCUCUAAGGUCUGGUAAUCCGUCGGAGCCUUCCGGAGGUCCCGACGAACCUCGUCCCUACGUUUGGAUAUCACCCCUUUCCGCGGCUGCGAAGGGCUCGAGGAAGGGAUCGGUCGAAUCGAGUUCGCGGCCGCGUUUCGCCUUAUCGCUCGAGCCGGCGAUCGGCGGGCAUUUACGUUAACGCGAUCGCGUCGGGGUCUCUUGCGGCCGAUCGAUCGGCCGGUCGUCUUUGCCACGGUGUACAUAUGUAAAUGCGAUGACGCGGCCGCACGCGUCGCCCCUCGACUUCGACGUCUCAAGUAUUAAGCCGAGCCUUUAGGGUAUGUAAUGCGUACACACUUACAUAUUGCACAUAUAUAUAUAUAUACAGAAGUAUAUUGAUAGAUAUAUAAAUAUAUACAUAUAUAUGCAUAGUCGUGGGCGAGUUGGCGUAUAUUUUUCAAAUCGAUGUAUUUUUCGAUACUGGAAACGCGAGGGACACGGAGGGAAGGCGGAUCCUGUCGGAUUGCCGGAAACUCCGAAACGAUGCCUCGGCGUUGAUUUAGGAUAUCGGCGACAUAUCGUCGGGCGGAUCUUGAUGCAAAUUCUUUUUUUUUUUAAUCGUUUCCCGUCGACCGCUCGGAUUUCCGCGGAUUCGACGGUCCUUUGGAAUCGAACGUUCAAAGGCUGCGAAUUCGGGGCUCCUUCGAGCAGGACUCGGCGAAACGGGGAAAUCCGAUGUAUCAUUAAUUCGAUCGUUUUCGCAUCACACGUAUCGUAUGUGAUACUACGGCACGGUACGAAGUACUAUUUAGAUUAUUCUCUAUGAAGCGUAAUCGAAGGUAAUACUAAUCAAGAGCCACUAAUUGUAAAAAGCGUAACCUUAAUUAUUUAUUAAUUCACGAGGACCCUGCGGUCGCGCACGCGGAAAGACCUCUCCUACCCCCGACUUCGAAGGAAGGAUCUCCAGAAAUUUGCCUCCGUCUGAAAUUCGAUUUUCCCAAAGAUCGGCCGAUCGACCCUCGCGAAACCAAAUAGUUCGAUAAAGGAUUUCUCCGAGGAACUUAACGCGCGGGACCGCCGGGGCCUUUUGACCGUUUAUACCGCGGAAGAGUUAGGGGUGGCUCGAGGUCGAAAACGAGGAUCGUUCGCGCCCGUGCUACUUGCUGUGGUGUUUAUAUCGGUUAUCAGGCGGGAGCCCUCGAUUAAAGGCGGCGAUCUCGGCAGACGCGCGAUAAGUCUCGUUGUUCGGUCUUAAGGACGUCGCGCGGUACAUCGGCAGAGAGGCGCUUCGAACGACUCGAAACCAUUUUAACCGAGACGAGAGGUCAACCCAUUAAGCCCGACAUACAAGACUGUUUAACUACUAUUGGUGUUACGUACCAGGGAGAACGCGUUAUUGCACGAUCUUCCCCCCUCGUUUUCUCUCUUUUUUUUUUUCACUUCUUUACGUUGUAACAUCCCCGGAUCUUUUUUCGUUUUUUUUAUACCGCGUCAAUCGAGCGCAUCCGAUCGCACGCGAGCGUGGUACUAGGAGUGAACGAGAACUCGCGAAAGUGUCGAGUGGCGAAUAAAAUGUUAGGCGAGCAGAGGAUGCGCGACUAAUUCUCGAGGGCAGCGAUUUAAAUCGCGCGUGCUAAUAUAAAGAUCGCGCGGUGAGUAACGUCGAGGCGUAUACGGAAUACACAUAUUACGUUUGACUAUUUAUACAUGAGUGACGACUGGUGAAUAAAUGUGCCUAGUAAUAGGACCAUGUUUACGA